AUGGCCAUCCGCAUCGCCCUCAACAACCAGCCCGAGUUCUACACAAACCUCGACCAUGUCUCGGGCCGCGUCGUCCUCGGCCUCAACCGCCCCGAGCAGGUCGGCAGCAUAGUCGUCAAGCUCGAGGGCGAGGCCACCACCGCUCUGCAGGUCCCCAGCGUCCCCGACGCCGCCGGACGCCCGCCCGCCCCGAUGCCCGGCCCGCCCGGCAGCGUCGUCGCCGAGAACCACAAGAUCCUCUACCGCGUCCAGCAGGUCUUCCCCGACGACUACCACUCCAGCACCAGCAGCCCCUACGGCGCCUUUCCCCUCCUGCCCGGCGAGCACGAGUUCGCCUUCGACUUCAAGCUGCCCAUCAACAACGCUUGCAGCGACCCCAUGGCCAUGUCGCGCAUCGGCGGCUUGGGCUCCGGCGGCGGCCUCUUCGGCAUGGGUGGCGUCCGCGUCAUGGAUGGCAGCAAGCAGCUCUUCCUCAAGCACGUCACCCGCACCCUGCCGCCCUCCCUCACCGGCUUUCCCAUGGAGGCCGAGAUCCGCUACUACAUCAAGGUCACCGUCCAGCGGCCGGGCCUCCUCAAGGAAAACUGGCGCUUGCAGACGGGCUUCAAGUUCCUCCCCAUCGAACCACCCAGGCCCGCGAGGACCGGCCAGGAGACCUUUGCCCGGCGCCCAUUCACCUUUCGCGCCAAGUCCCCGGCCUUGGCUGAGACGAAACACACCUUCUUCGCGCCCAAGCCAGAGAAAGAGUCGCCCGGUGGUGGAGGCGGCGAUGCAUCCACGCCGUCGAUCGAAAUGUCGGCUCGGCUACCACACCCUCCCGUCUUCACCUGCAACCAGCCCAUACCUCUGCGGCUCAUCGCCAAGAAACUCGUUGACUGCCCCGAACAGGUCUACCUCUCUUCCUUCCAGAUGGACCUCAUCGGCAUCACCGAGGUCCGAUCACACAGCAUCUACCACAACAGAACGAACCGCUGGGUCGUGACCUCAAGCUCAAACCUCACCAUCCCCCUCACCUCGUCGCCGCACGACGAGGUGGGCCACGAGCUUGUCAUUCCCGACGACUUGUGGACGAAUCGGCCUCUGCCCAACACCAUUGCGCCGUCUUUUGUCGCCUGUAACCUGUCGCGCCGAUACGAGCUUGAGAUUAGGCUUGGUUUGUCUUGUGGGAAGCCAAAGACGGGCUUCCUGGGAAAGGACCCCUUCACCAACGCCCAAACCAUAUUUCUUCCCCUCCAGUUCGCUCACGUAGACGUUUACUCGGGCAUCACUCCGCCGCCGGAGCUGGUUCAAGCCGCUGCAAAUGGACGGCCGGGAAGCACCAUCCUGAACAUCCCGCCACGUCUGCCUCCCCGGACCUCGGUCUCUGACCUGAACUCGGCCGCUCGGCCACAGUCCCAACACCAAGCCCCGCCACAGCCCCCGCGCCCUCCGACCGACCCAUUGUAUCCACCUCAGCUGGCCCCUGGACAAACAGCGGCACCUCAAGACGACGCACCGCCGAGCUAUGACGAAGCCAUGGCCGAAAACCUGUCUGGGCCAUUCGAUGGGGCCCAGGCCAGGCCGGCAUACAGCGGGGUGACAAACGAGAAUGGCCCGAGUCAGAUGCCCGAGAAGAGCGGAUAG